UCAAAGUCUCUGCAUAGAAGAAGACUUCACUUACUCUUUUCUCUCUCAUUUCUCACACACAACACACAUUACCAUCAGACUUCGGAAAUUCUCUCUCUUCCCGCGCGUAUUCUCUCGUUCCUCCGAAAUGUCUAAUAAGCAUACUAUUAUUCUGAUGCAAACAUCCCAACACAGAGCAACCCGCACGUUCAUGGACUACGAGUCGAUCACCCAAGCAAUGGAUGGAAUCUGCGGGCUAUAUGAACGAAAACUGAAGGAGCUUAAUCCAGCCAUAAGAAACAUCACAUACGAUAUCUCGGAUCUCUACAAUUUCAUUGAUGGCCUUGCUGAUUUGAGUGCAUUAGUCUACGACCACUCCAUUCAGGCUUACCUUCCAUACGACCGACAAUGGAUCAAGCAGAAAACGCUCCAGCACUUGAAGAAACUGGCUCAGUGAUCAUCAAAGAUGUCGCGUAAUCGCUACUUGGUAUUGCAAUGACCGGCGAAGUGUUAUGUGUUUUGGUUCAGCUGGACCAUCCACCAUUCUAGAAUUCUGAAAUUUGGAACUUGUGUGUAUGAGUAUCCCAUCUCAUGUAUCCUUAUUUUGUGGAAAUACAGUGAUGCUUUCUCUCUCUCUCUCUAGAGUUAUGGUAUUGUUGCUACUUGUUAGAUAAGUAAGUGCAUUUUGUAACUUUUUAUCGGCUUUGAUAAAAUUGCUCUUGUAGCCUUUGCCCAAACAUUGAUUCGUAUAUAAUUAAUGCCUAUGUUUGCGUAUUUUGGCA